UAGCAGACGCUUUUAUCCAAAGCGACUUACAGGAAGUGUAUUCAACAUAGGUAUUCAAGAGAACUACUAGUCACCAGAAGUCAUAAGUGCAUCUCCUUUCUUAAACAAGCAUCUUAAAGCAUAAACCAGAGCAAAAGUAUAGUGCAGAGGCAAAUUACUACGAGAACAAUAAUUGCAACAGACUAAUACGAAUAUAAUAAGUGCUACAAACUACUACGAAUAGGAUAAGUGCAGUAAACAAAUACGAAUGCAAUAAGUGCUACGAGGAAGGCUCAGGGUAGUACUUCUUGAAGAGCACAUCGCCUGCGACAAGUAUGGAGCCCACACCUGUCCUGAAGGAGAAGUUUUUCAUCGUGAUCCGCGGGAAGUCGAGGAAAGGCUUCUGCCGAGGAUGCAUCGGCCGCGUGGAGGCGGAGCUGCAGCGCGGGGAGCUGAUGGGGCUGCUGUACUCCGGCGGCGGCGGCGGCGGCAGCAGCAACGCCGGGAGUCCCAAGAGCGGCGGCCUGGUGAGGAGGGAAGACACGUACCCUCUGAGCCGACACCAGGCACAGCUGCUGCUCUUCGUUUCCCCAGCGAGCAAACGCCUGGAGCUGCUGUGCAACCCGCAGCUGUUCUCGGCGAUCUGCGAGCUGUCUCAGGACGACCUGGUGGUGGUGAAGCACAAGAAGGGACACCUGCCAGGGCUGGUGAAGAACCUGAUGCAAAUCGGGAGGAAGGAGAACAAAGACGACCUGCACAUGCUCGGCUUUGAGGUGGAAUUUGUGGACAGUGAUCACAAUCUGUCAUCCAAGAAACCUGCUGCUCCUCCUCCGCUGUUCAGUGCGGCUGACAUCGUCCAGGUGGUCCCAUCUUACUCCGUUCCCCUCGGCCUGCAUUGGAAAGACAGCCAGUGUGGGGAUCUAAACAGAAAAGGGGUGACGCGCAUCAAUUCCAUGCCCAAUAUAGGAUCUCAUGCACGACGAGUUAGGGAGAACCGUACAGAGCAGAGUGUCAUUCAGAGCCAAAGUUCAAGCACAUCUCAUGUGUCUUUGGAGGUGGGAUCCAUGGUGGAGGUGGUGUCCAACUCAGGGGUCACAGUGUACGGGGUCGUCCAUUGGUUGGGGGUCCCAGAAGGGAAGACUGAUAAAUGGGCUGGGAUUGAAUUGGACUAUGAGGUGAACGGCUGCUCUGAUGGGGAGUACCGAGGCCAGAGGUAUUUCACCUGCAAAGGGGGCAGGGCUUUGUUUGUUCCCGUCACAAAGUGCAGCCCUGAUGGCAGGUUCGUCUGCUCGUCUACAGGAAGGGAGAACCCUCAACCCACCGACACACCUCCAGUGCCAACAUAUGAGGACCCAGAGGAGGAUGCACCUCCUAUUCCUGAAUCCGAGGCCUUGUCUUUGUUAGUGGGACGAAUGAAAGGGAUUCAGGGUCAUAUCAACUCCUGUUACCUUGAUGCUGCACUCUUCAGUUUGUUCGGCUCAUCAGUGACCCUGGAUAAUAUCUGCAAAAAACCUGCUGACACGGAGAAACCCAUAACCUGCACUCUAAGAAAAAUAGUCAACCGUUUGCGCAGACAAGGGUUCGUGCCUGCACAGAAUGUGAUGAAUUUUCGUAAACAGCUUGGAUGCGACACCUUCCGAACAGAGGAGAAAGACCCAGAGGAGUUCAUCACAGUCCUCUUUCAGAAAGUGCUGUGCAUUGAGCCACUGCUCAAGCUCAGAUCGGGACAAGAAACAUGUCAGGGUGCCUACACCUUCCAGAUUUUUCUGGAAAGAGAACAGAUGGGACAGAUGCCCACUGUCCAACAGCUGCUGGACACAUCUUGCCUGUCAGGUGACCUCAAGUUUGAAAAGAUGCCGUCCUGUCUUAUGGUUCAGAUGCCGAGGUUUGGAAACAAGUAUAAGAUGUUUUCUCACAUCAUUCCCUCCACUGAGCUGGACAUCACAGAUCUCCUAUACAACUCUCCAAGGGAAUGCUUCCUCUGUGGACAUUUGGCAGAGUACGAGUGUCUUCAGUGUCUACCAGAUCGCAAACUGCAGCCAGGGAGAAUAAAACAGUACUGCUCCACCUGCAACACACAGGUGCACACCCAUCCCUCACGGCAGGGCCACUCCCCCAAAGCUCUAGCAGUGCCAGCAGAUGCAGCCUCUGAUACUCCUGUGCCAAGGCACAUGAUGCAGCUGUUUGCUGUGCUCUGCAUUCAAACCAGCCACUAUGUGUCCUUUGUCAAAUUCGGCCCUGAUCCUCACUCCUGGCUCUUCUUUGACAGCAUGGCAGACAGAUGUGGUGAUGAUCAACAUGGCUACAACAUUCCCGUGAUCCGAGCUUGUCCGGAGUUGGGUGACUUCCUGUCCAAGCCAGAGGAGGAGCUGGCUUGUUCAAACCCCUCCCAGGCUUCUGAGCUAGUGCGCAGGCUCCUAUGUGACUCUUACAUGUUUUUAUAUCAAAACCCAGCCACACCACUUUCCAAGCCAAACCACCAGGAGCCUUAAACGUUUGUGCGGACGAGGACAUGACGUUCCAAUAACAGUGCCUCAAUAACCUUGCAUCUGUGUGUAAUCAAGCGGAAUAUGUGUUUGUUAUUACAUAUAAUGGCAGGGAACUGAAACAGAUGCUUCUAACAUCAUGGAGGAAAACAAUACUGUUGAAGAGAAACUGACUAUGAAGGAUUGAAGUUAAAGUUCAUGUAGAUCUCUAAGGAGAGAAAGAAUGUCAGUUAGUGCUAACUGUCCCCGCUCAAACACUCUCUGAUCACAACAACACUGCUUUCAAAACACCAAUCCGAGUCAAACUAAUUAUAAAGCAAUGUAAAGAAAACUAUUUCCAACAUUAAAAGCCAAAGUAGAUAAGAAUGUCUUUGUACUGUCAGAGAUCAAGUACAGGCUCAGACCACAUACUGGAAAUCCUAAUAGGAAGACACAAAAUCAUGGCAACCAAAAGAAAACAGUGUGUGGUCACUGUUGGACAGGUGAGGCUGAGACAGAAGCACUUCCUCCUAAAUUAUAAAGCAUCCAAUGAAAUAAGGAAGAAUUAUUUUGACCAAUUUAACUCUGUUAUCCCAGAUUUAGAAAGAGUUUAAUGACCUCUCAAAAUUGUAAAUACUCCUAGGAGAAGGAGACAAGGCAUAUCUUGUUGCGCAAUAUGUGUCAACAUGCCACAACCUGAGGGACAGUGAAUGGUCUAGACACAUGUGAGUUUGUUUAAAAGUAAUUGUAAUACUGUACAUAUGUCAUUAUUAUAUAACAAUCAUAAUGUUGUGUUAAUACUAAUAUUAUUGUGUACCUUUGUAUUUUGAUGCUUUGGCAACAUUGUUACUGAAACUUUCAUGCCAAUAAA